CCAAACACCGCCGCUAGUCCAAGUAACCAUUAAAAAUAAAUCGUAAUAAUCUGGCUAUUCUAUUAAAAAUCUACUGAAAAUUUUAUUUCUUAGCUAUCUAAUAAUGUCUUACUAAAAUACUAAACAACAAAAAGUGGGAAUUUACUGGUGAACACAUGAUAAUAAUUCGCGCAAGUGCCUCAAUUACUAGUCUAGAGAAGACAUUGCAGUUUCAGGAGUCGAAGGUCGACUAUUUAUCCCUCAUAAUACAAUUUUGUUUGUUUGUUGAAGCAUAAUUGGGAAAGUGUUAUCCAAGACUAUAUUCGACAACAAUGGCGAAUUUUAGAGGAUAUUAUAUACCCUCUUUUGGAGCAACCAUGAGUGUCAUGUGGGAAACGGUGAAAGCAAAAAUGCCGGAAAAUAGUCCAUGUAUUGAGUUGAUUCGUGGAGCCAAUGCUGGUGGACAUCCACAAUCGAACCAUUGUAAAGAGAACGGUGAUGGUAGAGAAAAUACAGAAAUGAUUACGAUCAAUGGAGAGCAGACAUUUCGUGAUCAGAACGGCACGGGGAUAGCUGAGGACUCGUUCAGCUAUCAGCGAACUAGUGAAAAAACAAGGGGAGGAAGUGUGAGCAGCGGUGGCUUCAGUGAAUACGAUGACGGGGGUGAAUUCGCAUCAGGAGUUAAAAUUAAUGAGUGGCAAGCUGCUUGGAACGUUACCAAUGCUAUCCAGGGAAUGUUCAUCGUCUCGCUUCCCUUUGCCGUCCUCCGAGGUGGGUACUGGGCGAUUGCCGCCAUGAUAGGCGUCGCUCACAUAUGCUGUUACACUGGUAAGAUCUUGGUGGAGUGCUUGUACGAAUUGGACACAGUCACCGGUCAGAGAGUUCGUGUGCGGGACUCUUAUGUGGCAAUUGCCAAAGAGUGCUUCGGACCUAGAUGGGGAGCACGAGCUGUCAACCUAGCGCAAAUCAUUGAGCUUUUAAUGACCUGCAUUCUUUACGUCGUUGUCUGCGGCGAUCUAUUGAUUGGCAGUUAUCCAGAGGGCGCAAUCGACGCUCGAAGUUGGAUGAUGUUAGUAGGAAUUUUUCUCAUACCUCUUGGAUUUUUGAAGACACUUCAGUCAGUUUCCAUCCUAAGUUUCUGGUGCACAAUGGCUCAUCUGUUGAUCAACGCUGUGAUCCUCGGGUAUUGUCUCUUAGAGAUUGGUGACUGGGGCUGGUCUAAAGUUAAGUGGACCAUCGAUAUGGAGACCUUUCCUAUAUCGUUAGGCGUGAUUGUAUUCAGUUACACCUCUCACAUAUUUUUACCAACCCUCGAGGGUAAUCUGAUUGACAGAUCUAAAUUCGAUUGGAUGAUCAACUGGAGUCAUAUCGCAGCUGCUGCCUUCAAAUCUCUCUUCGGUUGGCUCUGCUUCCUGACAUUUCAAAAUGACACCCAACAGGUUAUUACAAAUAAUCUGCACUCUGCCAGCUUCAAGGGACUGGUUAAUUUCUUUCUAGUCAUUAAGGCUAUUCUAUCAUAUCCUCUGCCGUAUUAUGCAGCUUGUGAACUUCUUGAGAGGCAGUAUUUCAGGGGAAGACCCAAGACUAUCUUCCCAACCAUCUGGACUGUGGAUAAGGAAUUAAAAGUCUGGGGACUAGCGUGGAGACUGGGGGUUGUUAUGUUCACUAUUUUGAUGGCCAUAUUCAUUCCACAUUUCAGUAUAUUAAUGGGUUUCAUUGGAUCUUUCACUGGAACUAUGUUGUCGUUUAUUUGGCCAUGUUAUUUUCACUUGAAGCUCAAGAGAAAUUCUAUGGAUACGCGCGAGGUCGCGUACGAUUGCUUUGUGAUUUUUUUGGGUGUUUUGUUCGGGGUCAUUGGGGUUUAUGAUUCUGGCAAAGCGCUAGUGAAGGCUUUUGAAAUAGGAUUACCCUUUUAAAAGGAAUUAUUAGUUGACAACAAUUAUUUAACAUACUAAUGUAGUUGAUAAUUAUUAACGAUUUCCUUUUCAGACUACUCUAAUCCCUCAAAUAGUCUUACUUUUUGUUGGGAUCAACGUGUGAAACCUUUUUUUCACACAGCGCAUUAUACACUGAAAGACUUCACGAUUCUUUCAAAUAGAGACCAGUGUAGACUGUCCCUGCAAAAUGAUUGAAUUAAUUCUCUAUUUGUGCAGAUUGAUCCUAAAUCAAAUUGACUAUUUCAUACAUUAACUAAGGAAAUUAGUUGUAAGUUGAUGAGUCUUCCAAAGAGAAUGAAAGGGGGAAACAGUAUAUUGGGAUCACGAAUUCAUUCGGUGUGGAUUCGAUCGAAUAUCUGAAAAUGUCUUCCAUCAUAGAUGAAAAAAAAAUAUUUAUAUAGGUUUAUUCCAAUUCCGAAGAAUUACAAUUGAAUGAAUUUUCUUAAUUUAGGUAUUUUGUAUAAAAGUCAUGUCUACUCAAGUCAUUACACCAACAAUUUUAUCGGUGCUGCGGUAAAUUUUGGGCAAGAACACUAAAUACGCGCAUGUCCAUCGGAUACGUGUUGGCGAAGGAUAUAUGUCCUUUAUCGAAAUAGCCCUAUUACGUCUUCCAAUUAUUCAUAGAAAUAUCUUAGAGGAUAUUAGUUUCUAAGUUACAAAAAAUAUUCACCUUUACAAAAAAAAUCAUUGAUAGAAACGAUUUCUUAAUUCAAGGGAAAAAAAGAAACUUCAGGCACAACAACUGUUUUUUUACACCCGGAGAGAAAAAUUCAAUCAAAAUUAUGUGCUUGAUCCGUAAUCUGCCUGUCAAAACAGUAUUCACUUAAAAUUACCGAAUUCUUUCCUUAUUAUGAAAGUAGAAACACAAAAAUGAAGUUUGCCCGAGUCGAAAUAUCUCGAAACGCGUGGGACUAAUUCCUCAUUGGUCAAGUCGAACCGCCAAGUUCAAAUUCGGCGCGCGCAGUAGGUCUCGUCACUUAAAAUUACCGAACAGUUACGCACGUAACUUUUGACUUGACUUUUGGCAGAUUACGGAACAGGCUUGUAAUUUUUAUAGAACUCUUGUCUUCGUUCACUAAACGAUUAGGUGAUAUUCUGAAGACGACUUUUGAAGAAACAAUUUUCAGUUCCCUAUACUUCAAUUAGGUGCACAUCCGUGUGUAACAGGAAGAGCCGGCUUUGAAUCCUGAAUGAAUAUAGCCCCAUUUUUUUUCUACAGACUUUUAGUAUUUGAAUUCAUCAAAUUUAGAGAAAGCCUCCGGGUUACACACUAGGCUCUCUCCCAGCUAAAAUACAGGAAGCUACGGAAUUUAUUUUCUCUGAAUUCACCUUCAGAACACCACCAAAUGAGCUUUAAGAAUUGAGUAUAUUCACAAAAAUUACAAAAGGAAAAUUCCAAGAUAGAAUAAGCCCUCCCCUCGUCGACAAUUCCUUUGUUUCAUUUGUAUCGUAAUGAAUAAUUUCGUAUAAAAAUUUUCAACGAAAGGAUAAAAACUUAGUAUUGAAAUGAAAAUAAUCUCAAUAUAACCUAUUUUCGUGAAUGAAACUGCAAGAAUCAAUGUCUUCCAAACAAACAAAACGAUUAAAUGAGAUUUUAAAAAAUAGAAAUAAUAUGUACAUGAAUAUAUAACUAUAUACUGUUGGUUAAGUUUGGAAUUUUAUAAGUGUAUUGCGAGACUACAGUCGACGACUAUUUAUAUUAAAUGUCGUCAGACGAACUCGAUGGCAGCAAUUAGAUGAAAAAAAAUGAAAUUUAAUAUCAUCCGUAUUAUCACCUAUUGCGAACUCGAAGAAUUAUGUUUGACUGAAUAAUUGGUCAAGAUAUCAAUUAUAUAGAAUGGCAAGGGAAGAGUGAAAUUGUUCUACAAAUAGUAUAUUAAGACAAUAAACAGGUGCGAUAUAAUUCCCAAAAAAUCGGGUAGGAUAAAUAAUAAGGAAUCUUGCGCUAUUCCAUGGUUUUUCAAUACAAAAUCCAAAGCUGUUGAGUGAAACGCGGGUAUAUGGUGACAGAUAAAAUUUUUGAAAACAAAAAACUGAAGGAAUUAAUGAAAAAAAAUAAAAAGUUAAUUAAUUUUCUUUCCAUUGAGUCGCGGAAAAUGAGGUUCAAGUUGUCAAAAUAUGUCAUAAAAAAGAUAGUUACACUUCAGCGUGCAGUAACUGCCUGAUUACACACGGGGAGCGUCGCUGUGUGUAAUUAGCACUCUGAGAUGGAAAAUAACGUACGGCAAUCCAGACCGACGGAUUUUUCAUGACGAAAAAGAUAAAAUUUUCAAAAAAUUAGAACUUGUUUAAAUUUCCUCUCGAAGUUUGUGUUGAAAAAUCAAUCGAGUACCAAAAUAUUCACUCUCCAGCCGCAAUCUUCGUGGAUUUUACCGGAUAAUGUAAUCGAAUGUCUUCCAAAUGAUUUGUUGGUUACAAAAACAAUGCUCUUUUUAUGAUGGAUUAAAUCAAAGAUAAUAGAAGGCAAUGAGAAAAUAUACGCAUUGGAGUUAUAUCGUGGAUUCAAUGUAGGUGGAUAAUAGGAACUGUUAGUUUUGUUAGUUUUUCUUCUUGAUCCUUGUAACUAUCGCCACUUCACCCUUUACUUUAUGAAUGUAUGCAGCAGAUAAUUAAAAGUAAAGAAGUCGUCGCCUUCGGCUCGAAUGCCAAUUUUACACGAGUAAAAAUCACAUUUCAACAGUUCGGAAAGAUUUUAUUUUAAAUUACUAUUCAGAACAUCUGGAUUUUUUUUGUCCUUUUUGUUUUCCCGUCAAUGACUGAUUAACUUUCAAUCAAAAUUUAAAAAUAAUUCGAAUCAUUGAUUGCAAAUGAUUGUGUAGAUUCGUUUUCAAAUAGAUUAAAUGACUGUCAAACCCAUCAGAUUCUCUAGAAAGAAAAUUCUUUCUCAUAAUACCACAAGAGCUUCAAAAUCAUCGAGCAUUUUCUGAUAGGUUUUCGUUGUAAACAAAUGAAGGAAUCAAGUCAUUGAGGUUGAAACAUUUUUCCUGAAAAACUUGACACCUUCAUCUGUUUGCAACGAACCCGUCGGGAAAUAUUCGAUGACUUCGAAGCUCCCGUCGUGUUAGAAAUGAAAAUUUACCCUCAGAUUAUACAAUUUGUUUACAGUUUAUUUAUUUAUUUAUUUGUGUACGAUU